UCAAAACAGUUAAAGCACUUCUAACCUAAAUUUCAAGAGUAAACACUAACGUGGUAACGUUCUUUUAAAUAUUUAAAAAAUGGGUAAAAAGAAGAUAAAUUUGAAACACAAGAAAAAGGUUUUAAAAAAGAAAGUUGUCGUAGAGGAACCUUCAGAUGUGGAGGAGGAUAUCGAAGAAUGUGAAGAAGAACCUGCAAGUGAGGUAGUGAAUUCAGAAGAAGAAAGCGAUGCAGAUCAAUCAACAGAAUUAAAUUCUGGGGAGGAACUUGACAGUGAUGAAGAUGAAGCAGACUUUACUUAUGGAGAUAUAAAUGAACAUAAAAAAUCAUUAGAAAAACUGAAAGAGUCAGAUCCAGAGUUCUAUAAAUUUUUGGAAGAAAAUGAUAAAGAACUUUUAAAUUUCAACUUAUCAGAUGAAGAUGAUGACGGUGAAGUGCAGAAUGAAUCUCAAGUACAUGUUCCUCAACUAGACAGCGAUGAAAGUGAUUUUGAGGAUGAAGAUUCGAAAGGAAAAGAGAAUAAUAUCACGUUCAAAUUACUGAAAAAGUGGCAGGUAGAUAUUAAAACUGAUAAGUCAAACAAAACUAUCAAUGAGCUUGCUCAAGCACUUCAUGCAGCUUUGUUAUUAGUAUUACCUGAAGAAGAAAGUAGUGGAACUGUGUCAGAUUAUAAGGUAGAAGGGUCUGCGAUUUUCAAUGGAGUGGUACAAUUAUGUGUCCUAGAGUUUGGACCGGCUGUGAAAAGAUUUUUAGGAUUGGUAUCUGGAUCCAAAGAAAAACCACAUCUGUGCAAAAAAUUUAAAAAAGUGAAGAGAAUUCUGAAAUGUUAUUUCGAAGAUCUACUGAAGCUUCUGUCGGGAGUGGCAUCUGCAAACAUCCAGACUGUUUUACUGAAACACUUACACUACAUGUCUUCUAUGUUAAUCUCUUUCCCGAAUGUCACCAAAGACAUACUUAAACAGCUCAUUAAAAUAUGGGGUGUGUCUGAUGAAGGAGUCAGGGUUAUAGCCUUCUUUUGUAUCUUGAAAAUCAGUCGUAAUACUCAAUCUCUCCUUGACACUGCACUUAAAACUAUGUUCAUUACAUAUGUAAAAAAUUCUAAAUUUGUUAGCCCUUCCAGUUUGCCUUGCAUAAAUUUCAUGAGGAGAUCUUUGGUGGAAAUGUUUGCCUUGGACUUGAACUUGGCUUAUCAGCAUGUAUUUCUGUACAUACGUCAACUAGCAAUACAUUUAAGGAAUGCUAUGACCCUGAAUAAGAAAGAGAACAUACAGGCAGUCUACAAUUGGCAGUUCAUAAAUUCACUCCAAUUGUGGGGUAAUUUGUUGAGUGUCACUUGUUCGAAGCCCCAAAUGCAACAGUUAGUGUACCCGUUUGUUCAAGUUUGUUUGGGAACUUUGAGAUUGGUGCCCACUACCCAAUAUUACCCUCUGAGGUUCCAUGUUACACAAAUUUUAAUCAAUCUCUCUCGAGAUGCAGAUAUAUUUGUUCCGGUUCUGCCUUUCAUUGUUGAUGUUUUGGAUAACUACGAUUUUAACAAGAAGCACCAGAAAGUUUCCAUGAAGCCUCUUAAAUUCAACUUCGUUUUGAGGUUAUCAAAGUCUCAGUUAGUUGAAAAUGGUUUCAAAGAUACUCUUAUUGACACCAUUUAUGAUCAACUCUUAGAAUAUAUGACUAUUCAGUCCAGUAGUAUAGCUUUCGUAGAGCUGGCACUUUUGACAAAGAUACAGAUCAAAAAGUUUUUGAAGAAAUGCAAAAAUCCCAAUUAUGUGAAAAAAAUCAAACAAGCCUUGGAUAAAAUUGAACAGAAUGCUCAGUUCAUUGAGAAUGAGAGGAAGAAACUGACAAUAAAUCUCGCAGAUUUCAAGCAAUUGGAGGCACAUGAAAACCAGAUAAAAUGUAAUGGUACACCAUUGUCAACUUACUAUGAGAGUUGGAGUAAAAUGCGAAACCAGAAGAAGAGGAAAGAAGCAACUAUGAAUGAUGAAUUAGGGGAAUAUAAUCUACCUACUACCAAGAAACGAAAAUUGAAAAAUAGUGAAGUAAAACAGAAAAAUAAGGAUGUCGAGUUUGUUUUCAGUGACAGCGAAGACGAUGAAGAAAGCCAAAUACUGAAGAAAAAAGUUGACAUUGAAUCAGAUUGAUGAAAUGGAUAGAAAUUUUAUUGAUUAAAGUUGAUUUAUCUAUUUAAAA